AAGGUGUGUCUAAGACGCCCGAGUGCUUAGGAGACAGACAUAUCUCCGAGGAGAAGAUUGGCCGUAGUAAGAAGACUGAACACUAUAAACUUGUUAUCUUGCUAUGAAUUGUUAUCUUGCUAUGAAUUUUUAGAGAUUUGAUAUCUCACACUCCCAACAAUAGAACACAUGUCAGGACGGAGCGACAUAUGUGGAUAAAUGACAGAGUCACAUUAAAAUAUGCACGAGAAACAUCCGGGCAAACGAACAAACAGCAAACUGACAAACAAAAACUACAAACAGAGAAAACAAGAAAAUGAGAUUAAAAAAGAGAAGGUGAGUGAUGACGUCAUCAACACCUGUAUUCACAGUGGCGUUAUUAACACCUGUAAAAGCAGCAGCUGUCAACACGUGUGUUAACUGUUAAAGUGUGCGACUAACAGCUGAUGCAGCUCAGAAACGUCACGUUCUAGUGAACAAUUUAAGAAUUUAUAUUGUAGAGAAGAACAGUGAAGAUCAUAUAUCAUAGCAACUAACAGUGAAGAAGUUAUAUCACAGUUAAGUAUUUAUAUAGCAAAGAACAGUAAAGAAUUUACAUAAUUGCGAAGAACAUUCAAUAAUUUAUAUCACAGCGAAGAAUAGUGAAGAAUUUAUAGUAUAGAGAAAUCUUGACAAAUGGUGCCUUCAUCUUCCCUCUGAAGGAACACGAGGAACGACUUAAUCUCUUUGGGAGACAACUGCGUUAGUCGCCAUACUUCUCUUCUCUCCCGUGAACCUCUGUUUUUACACUAGGUAAAGAGCCAGUGCUUAUCCACUGACUUGAGAGGACUAUUGCUGCUCCUCGAGUGCCGAGGUCUGGUCCAUCUUGAAGGAAUGCUCCUGCUCCUCGAGUGCUGAGGUCUGGUCCAUCUUGAAGGACUGCUCCUGCUCCUCGAGUGCCGAGGUCUGGUCCAUCUUGAAGGACUGCUCCUGCUCCUCGAGUGCCGAGAUCAGGUCCAUCUUGAAGGACUGCUCCUGCUCCUCGAGUGCUGAGGUCUGGUCCAUCUUGAAGGACUGCUCCUGCUCCUCGAGUGCCGAGGUCUGGUCCAUCUUGAAGGACUGCUCCUGCUCCUCGAGUGCCGAGGUCUGGUCCACCUUGAGUCAUGGAGCUCGUAGCUCGUCUCUCAGAGACCCUUCGAGUCGUCCUCCUCCUCAUAUGCUCACAAGGCACACCGAGCUACGGGAGACUGCCGGGAUCCCGUUACUAUGGGAGAGACGCGGGCAUAGUCUUCCCUGAGCCCUCCCCGUCACCAGCAGGGGCACGGCGCCCCAUACCCUGGUACCCAAAUGCCCCUGGACCCAUGUUCGACCCGUCUCCUCCUCAGAACGUGACGGCCCUCAAGGAUGACAUAGCUUACCUUCACUGUAUUGUCCAUAACAGAGGCAACAAGACGGUGUCGUGGAUCAGGGUGUCGGACCUGCACAUCCUGACGGUGGCGCGCUACACCUACACUGCCGACGACAGGUUCGAGGUCAUCCACUCCCCGGCCUCCAACUCCCAGUCGUGGAUCCUCAAGAUCAACUCAGUCCAGCCGCGAGACUCUGGCCGGUACGAGUGUCAGGUUAACACUCACCAGACUGACCCCAUCACCUUCCCCGUCUACCUCUCUGUCUUCGUACCGACGGCGCACAUCCUGGGCUCAGCCGAGCGGUACGUGGACAGAGGCUCCACCAUCAACCUCACCUGCAUCAUCAACUUCAACCCAGAAUCCCCCACUGAGAUCUUCUGGUACCACAAUAACAAGGUUAUCAACUACGACAACCGAGACAGUCGUGUGAGCGUCAUCACGGACCGGGGCUCGAUCACGAAGACCGUGUUGCUGAUCCAUGACGCCCAUGACGCCGCCACCGGCACCUACUCCUGCGUGCCCUCCCACUCCGCAACCGCCUCCGUCAGGAUACACAUUCUCAAUGGAGAGAAGCCUGCAGCCAUGCAGACCAAUGGUGCGAGCACCACCGUGGGUCCUUGUUGCUUCUACAGCCUCGCCCAGCUGGUGGUGGUGGCGGUGGUGCAGCUGGUGGCGGUGCCGUUCCUGUGGCCCUUGUCUCCGCCCUAACACACCCUUGUUCCAUAACCAUCGCCAUAUAAGCCAGGCAGUUUUUCUUAAUUUACCUAACAGCAAAAACAUAAGUUUGUCGACAAUUUGUGUGCAAAAAAACGUACUAAUUAUGGACUAGAAAUCCAAGCCAAAGGAAAUACACGAUACUAAAAACUUAUUCAUUUUAUGAUAUUCUCAACAAGCUGGGCAUAGGCUCCGUCUUCUUCAGCUCCGCAGUAUUCAGAUUAAUAUACCUGAUUAUCAUAACAUAUUAAUUAAAAGAAUACCUAAAUGCUUCUGUAAAUUUAUUAUAUUUGAUUUAGCAAACAAAAAAAAAUAAGGCAGAGCUUUAGCUAGCUGAUUUUUAUUACAUAAUUAUAUUUCAUUGCAGAUAUUUUUUGUCAUUUAAUAAGAGGCCCGCGGGCUGGCUGGUAGGGGUGGCAGGAGCCCCAAACUGUACAAAUAUAUGUAUAUAAUCUUUGUAUUUUAUGUGUAUUACAAAGACUUAUUUGUAACCCAUAACUCAUCAGGGAGUAAACACGACCACGCUGAACUGGUCUAUAUGCCUCUGUAGCACAGUAGUCUACAUCAUCGGUUCACAAUCGAGGGAAUCGGGUUCAAUCCCAAGACAGGAGAGAAAUGGUUGGGCAACGUUUCAUUUCACCUGAUGCUUCUGUUCAUCAAGCAGUAAAAAUAUACCCGGGAGCUAGGCAACUGUUGUAGGUUGCAUCCUGGGUAUUGUCAGUGGCUGGCCUAAGGUGUGGAGCUGGCACCUCCAUUAUUCUAAUUACAGGCUUCCUGCUUGGUACAGGAGGCGGGUGUGUGCUUGGUACAGGAGGCUGGUGUGUGCUUGGUACAGGAGGCGGGUGUGUGCUUGGUACAGGAGGCUGGUGUGUGCUUGGUACAGGAGGCGGGUGUGUGCUUGGUACAGGAGGCGGGUGUGUGCUUGGUACAGAAGGCGGGUGUGUGCUUGGUACAGGAGGCUGGUGUGUGCUUGGUACAGGAGGCGGGUGUGUGCUUGGUACAGGAGGCUGGUGUGUGCUUGGUACAGGAGGCUGGUGUGUGCUUGGUACAGGAGGCGGGUGUGUGCUUGGUACAGGAGGCGGGUGUGUGCUUGGUACAGGAGGCGGGUGUGUGCUUGGUACAGGAGGCUGGUGUGUGCUUGGUACAGGAGGCUGGUGUGUGCUUGGUACAGGAGGCGGGUGUGUGCUUGGUACAGGAGGCGGGUGUGUGCUUGGUACAGGAGGCUGGUGUGUGCUUGGUACAGGAGGCUGGUGUGUGCUUGGUACAGGAGGCUGGUGUGUGCUUGGUACAGGAGGCGGGUGUGUGCUUGGUACAGGAGGCUGGUGUGUGCUUGGUACAGGAGGCUGGUGUGUGCUUGGUACAGGAGGCUGGUGUGUGCUUGGUACAGGAGGCUGGUGUGUGCUUGGUACAGCAGGCUGGUGUGUGCUUGGUACAGGAGGCUGGUGUGUGCUUGGUACAGGAGGCGGGUGUGUGCUUGGUACAGGAAGCUGGUGUGUGCUUGGUACAGGAGGCGGGUGUGUGCUUGGUACAGGAGGCUGGUAUGUGCUUGGUACAGGAGGCUGGUGUGUGCGUGGUACAGGAGGCGGGUGUGUGCUUGGUACAGGAGGCGGGUGUGUGCUUGGUACAGGAGGCGGGUGUGUGCUUGGUACAGGAGGCGGGUGUGUGUUUGGUACAGGAGGCGGGUGUGUGCGUGGUACAGGAGGCGGGUGUGUGCUUGGUACAGGAGGCUGGUGUGUGCUUGGUACAGGAGGCGGGUGUGUGCUUGGUACAGGAGGCUGGUGUGUGCUUGGUACAGGAGGCGGGUGUGUGCUUGGUACAGGAGGCGGGUGUGUGCUUGGUACAGGAGGCGGGUGUGUGCUUGGUACAGGAGGCGGGUGUGUGCUUGGUACAGGAGGCGGGUGUGUGCUUGGUACAGGAGGCUGGUGUGUGCUUGGUACAGGAGGCGGGUGUGUGCUUGGUACAGGAGGCGGGUGUGUGCUUGGUACAGGAGGCGGGUGUGUGCUUGGUACAGGUGCUUGUGCCUGUACAGUGAUGUUCUACAACAAUGGUCAUAUGUUAUACAGUUAUGUUGUACAGCUGCUGAUGUUCUACAGCUGCUGUGAUGUUCUCUUAACAACUUUAAUGUAUUAUCCAGUAAUGUUCACACAUGUGCAAAAAUAUUCCUUGUGGGCAACAAGGCAGCCACGACCCUGAACUAUUCAACACAAGAUCAGUCAUAUAUGUACAUUCCCAAAUGUUCACACAGUCAUCCCUCUUCAUCACUUAAUAACAAAAAUAAAGAGAAAGUCCCGUGUGAUUCAACACGACGUGAUCGUCUUAAAUAUCUUGUAAACUUAAGUCGUAUCUAAGUAACUCGUCAUUGCAACUCAUUGCAAAAAUCACUGGGAUUGUUACGUAGAUGCUAAUUAGUUCUUUUAGUUGUUUCACAAACAUUAAAUUAACUGUGAUCUUUGUAUAAAAAUGACAAUAAAAAUGUCUUUUUCUAA